AUGGAGCUCUACCUCACCAGCAUCUCCCUAAAGCCUGGGACAGUGCUUCUCAUUGCAGGAGAGAAGUGCACUGGCUACAAGCACGUGUUCUGGGAUCUGGCACUGGUGCUUACAAGCUGGCAUUGGUUUCUGCUGUACACGGAAGAGCGAGUGUGUAUAAGAGUGUGCGUGUGCUUUAAGAGGGUAUUUCUGGGAGGUCUGUGCACCCAAGGGGUGAAGGAGAGGCCUGCCCCCCUCCCCCCAUCUUGCCCAGCAGGAUGUUCCUCAGACUUGGGAGCUGCUAACUUGGAGAGAGAAAAGGUUCCUCAGACAGCAGCCAACAACAGGCCUUCGGGAAACAGCCGCCUGCAGAGACCCACCGGCUUUGAAGCCAGUCAAUCAAGUGGAAGCGCGAGCAAAUCACAACUUGGCUUCCCCAAGUUUUCUCUCCAGCCCACCAGCCACCCUCCUUCGCCUCCCGAGCCUUGCAAAGCAACGAGGCCGAGGGGACCGUCCUGUGAUGCUCGCCGGCUUCCCAACUUUCCGCUCCUCUUCGUCUCCCGCAGCCCCCCGCAAAGCGGCUGGGAAAUGGGCAAGUUUGCAAAGCCGAGGAUACCGAGUCCCGGGGAAGCCACAAAGAAGCUGCAACACCAACAAAGAUUAACCUCUUGUGGGGCCGAGGAAACUCGCCAGCGGCCGUUCAGGGGCGAGCGUGGGCUGGGGCUGCGAGAGGCCGGCUGCGGGCGCGGCCCCCACGGCCCCCUCCCCACGCGAGCUCCCCGGCACCGGAGCGGGGCGGGGGGCCGGCGCCGCGCUCCCGGCCCUGCCCCCGGCAGGUAGCUCCGGCGGCCGCCCGCGCCGCGCGCCUGCUGCCUGCAGCCACCAAGAGCGACGAGAGGAGAGGCAGCCUCAACCCACGGCGUCAUGCUUCCUGCCACCACAUUACGGCGAAUCGUCACCGGGAGAGGGGAGAAGCGCGGAGAGCGGGGGGAGGGAGGGGAGCAGACCCACGUAGCCCCCCUGCCUGCCAAAACCCGAGGAGACGGGGCCACGUCCCGCAGGAGUCCCCGCGGGACCUGCCCCGCUUGCACAAAGCGCCGCAGUUUGGCCAAGACGCGGUGGGGGAGCCGGCCACGAAAUAAAUAAAUAAAAACAGAGUCGGGUCUACGUAACGCCCUGUCGAAAGCGGACGCCAUAUUUUUUUGUGGCUUAUGUCGACAUAGGGAAACGUAGACAUGUUUUUUCCUCCUCCUCCUCGGUCUGGCUCCCAUGUACCCAAACUUGUAAUCAAAACUCUUAAAAAAAAAAAUCCCCCGUCUCUAUCCUCUUAUUUCCUCCCACCCGCAAAAAAGAGCCUGCACCCCCUCCCCCUUCCACCACCCUCCUCAUCACAACCCGGGCCAAGUCCCAUUAACAACACCUUUUCGGGAGCCGCGGCGGCGGAGACGCGGAGGUGGGAAAGUUGGGCAGGA